CCAGGCUGGGGCUGGCCCAGGGCUCCCUCCUGUUCCUUGGUUUGGUAGUGGGAGGAAAGGGGGGCAGGCUGUGCGGCUCCAAGGUCGUCUGUAAAAGGGGCUCAGAGCCCCCCUGGGUGGAGGAGCGUUGGCUGAUGUACUCCACCCCCUAAGGAGAGGGCAGCUUAAAGGGGGGCCCAGAUGUUUGAGCCCCCCACAGUCACCAAGAAUUAGUGGUUUGGGGGACAGAGCUCCAGAUUGUGGUGAGGACAGAGUGGGUUUAUAGACGCCGAGGCCAGGGCUCCCUAAAUUGUAGCCUCCACGUCAGGCGGGAUGGAGUCCCCUUUUGAUCUGCCCGCCUUUGUGCCCUUCUGACCCCUUUUUGCUCACGUGAGAGGCACGUGACUGUCUUGUCCCCUCCCCCUCCUGCUACCAUAGCAACCGGGUCUUGGCCAGUUUCCUGUCUUUCUUCCGCCCGUCCUCCUGAGUGGUGCCCUGAUUGGCUGGGGCAUAGGACGGAAGUGUAGUCCGCCCCGGAAGUGGUUCUCGGAUAAUCAUGCCGCUGGUGGUGCUGUGCGGGCUGCCGGACAGCGGCCGGAGUCGGCGAGCCGACGAGCUCCGGAGGGCGUUGGAGGCUGAGGGUCGGCCCGUGACUGUCGUGCGCGAUGCCGACGUGCUCGGGCCCGGUGGGCCGGAGGCUCUGUGCGAGGCCUACUCGGACCCGGCCCGCGAGAAGGCUCUGCGCGCGGCUCUCAAAGCCUCGGUGGAGCGCGACCUGGGCCGCCGGGCUGUGGUCCUCCUCGACUCGCUCAAUUACAUCAAAGGCUUCCGCUACGAGCUCUACUGCCUGGCCCGCGCGGCGCGCACCCCGCUCUGCCUGCUCUACUGCCUGAAGCCCCGGCCGCGGGCGCCGGGCGGCGGGGAAGACUGCCCGCGGGAGGCCGGGGCCGCGGCCAGCAGCUGGAGACCCAAGGCCGCCACCUCGCGGCCGGAGCCGGGGCUGCCAGCGGGGGGCGCCCCAGAGGAUCGCGACCCCCAGUGGAGAGGUUCGGAGGAAGAUCCCGAAUCAAGGCUAGAGGGAGCCCCGAGUUCAAGGGGACAGAACCCUGGGAGCCCGGGGACACCGGGGGACGGAGCGGCAGGGGAGCUGGAGCCAGAGCCGGACCUCGGCUUCCCCCCGGAGCUCGUGGACGCCCUGGCCCAGCGCUUCGAGGCCCCGGACUCCCGCAAUCGCUGGGACCGGCCCCUGUUCACGGUGCUGGGGCUCGAGGAGCCUCUGCCCCUGGCCCAGAUCCGGGCGGCCCUCUUCGAGAGCCAGGUGCUGGCCCCGCAUCAGGCCACGCAGUCCCAGCCGCUGGCUUCCACCAACUUCCUGCACCAGCUGGAUCAGGUCACCAGCCAGGUCCUGACAGCACUGAUGGAGGCCCAGAAGAGCGCGGUGCCCGGGGACCUGCUGUCGCUGCCCGGGACCACGGAGCGGCUGCGCUUCAGCCGCCCGCUGUCCAUGGCCGAGCUGAGCCGGCUCCGGCGCCAGUUCAUCUCGUACACCAAGCUGCACCCCAGCCAGGAGAACCUGCCGCAGCUGGCCAACAUGUUCCUGCAGUACCUGGGCCAGAGCUUGCACUGAGCUCGGGGCGCCUCUGUCCUCGCCCGGGUGCCGGCCAGUUUGCGCUCUGGGACAAGUUCUGGGAUGCAUGCUCUUCCAGAGAGAACACUUGUCUUCUUUCUGGAAGUGGUGAGAUUUGUGGACCCUGAACUCCCCUUCUCAGGCUGGAGGCAAUUAGAGAGAAAACCCCAAACGAACAAGAACCUGUAAAACAAGAGAAUUGUGUUUUCCUGUCU